UCCCCCCGCUACUUGCCUUCCCCUCUCCGUCUCCAUUGCUUUCUCCAUUCGUCUCUCUCUCUCUCCCUCACCUCUCGUGAGUUGUGUCGUUGUGACCUCGCUCCGUCUCAUCGGGAGGCGGCGACGCGAGCAGCACCGCCCUCGCUCGUGGCCUCCCAGGGAGGAGGGAAGGAGGAGCAGGAAUGCGGAUGUUCUCCAAGGCGUGCUCGCUCGUGGCCUCCUCCCUCCCGCGCUGCUCCUCCUCGUCCCCCGCGAUUAGGGGACAGCCGUCCUUGAUUCCGAGGGUGAGCAGGAAAUGGCUCGGGAAGCCACUGAUGUAUGGGAUCGGUACGCUGCUGGUUAUGCCUUUGAGGACGCUACAUGGGGUGGGCCGGAUGUUUGGUGCCGCGCGCUACCUCUGCAACAUGACAAGCGUCUCUUCGUCGCUGCAAAUUGAGCUUGUACCCUGUCUUCAAGAUAACUAUGCAUACAUCUUGCAUGAUGUGGAUACUGGAACAGUUGGAGUUGUAGACCCUUCUGAGGCGGUGCCUAUCAUAAAUGCACUGGAAAAGAGAAACCAGAAUUUGACCUAUAUAUUGAACACCCAUCAUCACUAUGAUCAUACUGGUGGGAACUUGGAACUGAAGGCAAAAUAUGGUGCAAAGAUAAUUGGCUCUGAGAAGGAUAAAGAUAGAAUUCCUGGCAUUGACAUAACUCUAAGCGAGGGUGACACGUGGAUGUUUGCUGGCCAUCAAGUUCUUGUCAUGGAAACUCCUGGUCAUACAUUAGGUCAUGUGAGCUAUUAUUUCUCUGGAACUGGAGCAAUAUUUACAGGUGAUACCUUGUUUAAUCUGUCAUGUGGAAAGCUUUUUGAAGGAACUCCGCAGCAGAUGUACUCUUCGCUCCAGAAAAUCAUAGCUCUUCCAGAUGUGACAAAAGUGUACUGCGGACAUGAAUAUACUCUGAGCAAUUCAAAGUUUGCCUUGAGCGUAGAACCAGGAAAUGAAGAACUUCAGGAAUAUGCUGCCAGUACUGCUGAGCUUCGCAACAAGAAUACACCAACGGUGCCAACAACAAUUGGAAGGGAGAAGCAGUGCAAUCCUUUCUUGAGGACUUCCAGUCCAGAAAUCAAGAAAAUGUUGUCCAUUCCAGACCAUUUUGAUGAUGCACGUGUUCUUGAAGUUAUCCGACGGGCGAAAGAUAAUUUUUGACUAGCCACAAAGAAAAUUCUCAUAACAUGAUAACCCAACUAUCUUGUUGAAGGACAAAGAACCCCACAACUGAAGGGACACAGGGAGGAAAGGUAUAUAGCUUGAUGUUUCUAAAAUGUUCGGGAAAGAAGAUGGUGUCGCCUUGUAUGUAGCUUGCAUAGUGCUUGUUCUACCGAUAGCAGCUGGUGAUUCUUUUGUAGACUAAAAAUAAAAUGUGUUCCGCUAUCCUAACCUGGAACAGAAAAAAAGAAUGCGAGUUAGCUGUUUGAAUCUUCUCA